CCCAACGCCGUCGUCAUCGCCCCCGUACCCCUUCAACCCCAGACUUAAUUCAUCUUCCACCCACACAUCGGACCCUCCUCCGCUGCACGACUCGGCUCGGAAUCCUAGCUGGGCUACUAUUGGUACUACUAGACAAGUGCUGAGCUCCACUAUCUUCACAGCCUUUGUCACAUACAGAGGGUUGGCACCCGGCCGCUCCCUCGUUGAGAUGGAGCCCCGCAAAACGCCCCCGGAGUACUUCCUGGAGGUCUUCGCGGAUACCACGACCGUUCGGGACGUGUUAAAAGGCAUCCUCAACCUCAUCUUCUUCCACCGAUACUUCCCCUCCAUCCACCCAACCACUUUCGAGGUCCUAGAUUUCACCCUCCCCGCUAUCAACGACGUAGACCUCGAAACCCUCAUCGACUCCCGCAUUAGCACUCUUGUCCGCCAACACUCCUCCGUCACUAGCGCCCCCGACGGUAGCGGCGGCGGGGGCGUGCGCGGCCGCAUCGCAGUGGAAUUCUAUGAAAAGCGGCGUCGACGUUCCGGAAUCUGGUUUGGCGGACUGGCAGGAAAGGGAGAGGAAGAAGUAUGUUGGGAGGUGUGGAAUUUGGAUGUGACGAUAGCUACACCUCGAACAGAAUCCGAACGCGCCAAAGUGCGCAAAGCAAUGGAGAACAUGCUUCAGAAAGCGGCCUUGAAGAUCCUGGCCGUCGUCAACCGCGAUAAGGACCAUAUCCCGCCGAUUACAACGAGCGAUUCGAAUCCGUUCCCUUAUCGCAUUGUGUUGAACCCUCGGCCUGAUGGAUGGCAGAAUCGCUUUGGAUUAUACUGAACCAUGUCAGGUCUCGAAAAAGCAUCGGCUGGGCUACGGUACCUGGAUUCGAUGUGAACGAUCCGCAGGCCGUGGCGCGUCUGCGAUUCGUCUGGAAUGUUACGUGCUCGUUGGCCGUUCUUUGUUUCGUUGGCUGUACAUUACCCGCUCCCUUUUCGAUCUUUCGAUCAUGGCGUCCGUCUCGUUCAGAAGAGGAAAUGUCCUAUACCAUCUAUACCCCUCCCC